AUGGGUUGUUUUCUUGGAUGUUUUGGCGGCGCGAAGGAUCAGAGACGCCGGAGACAGAGGGUUAAUCGGGGCAGCCCCCAGCGUCAAAGAAACCGAGUUCAGAAUGUUCACCAGGAGAAAACAGUCAUAUCUAAACAGCCAUUAAAGGAGACAGUCACCAUAUCUGAACAAUCAACCGAAGAGACAAGUACCGUAUCAGAACAACCAUUGAAAGAGACAAUUGCUGUCACGAACUCGGUUCCUGAGUUGCAAACUACACCAGAGGCAGUGGAACAAACGAGCCCAAGCCCGAGCCCGAGUCGUAGCCCGAAGAAAAAAGUUACAUUUAACUCAAAUAUCAAGACAUACGAGCACAGCCAGGUCCACGACAGCAUCGAGUCUUUGCCAGAGUGCUCUAAAAAUGUCGAGAAGGAGAAAGAACAUGAACAGUCGAAAUCAUCAAGCCAAGCAAAUUCGAUAUCAUCAGAUGAUAAUUCCAUCACUUCCAGCGUGGCGUCGUACCCUCCCAAUCACAGGUACCACAAUGCAAGGGACAGUGAUGAUGACUUGGAUGAGAGUGAUGAUGACUUGGAUGACGACGAGUAUGAUGAAGAAAACGAUUAUGAUGAAUAUGAUGAGGAGAUUGAUGCCAAAAUACCUGGCCAUGACCUUUGUACUGAACCAUAUAUAACAGAAUCGGUUGAGUCCAGGACAGGGAAAAACCCCUUUUCACAAGCUGCUGAUGAUGAUGAUGAAGAAGUGGAGAGUUGUCCUAUUGUGCCUGGUGGUGGGUCGAAAGGCAACGCCCGGGACAAAAGUGAUUAUCUUAAUUCGGUGCUGAGCCCUGUGGAAAAUACUACUCAGUGGAAAGCUGUGAAGUCGGAAGGGAAGAAGAAUCUCUUGAGGCCUCAGAAGGAGAAUUUGACUGCUGCUGAUAAUCUUGAGCCGCCACCUCGUCUGUCUUUAUGCUCGGAGCCAAUUGUCAAGAAGAAAACCAAUCAGUCGAGGAACAAUGGAGAAGUGGCGGUGGACGCGAGUCUCUCGAACUGGCUUUCUUCGCCUGAAAUCACGCCACCCAAAACUAGAAAUUUUGGUGGUUUCGAGACAAAUGUUUUUGAAAAAAAUGUGUCUGAAGGGCGUGUUUCUGUCAGGAGCUUUGAGGAUCGACCGAUUUUAGGUGCACUGACGGUUGAGGAGUUGAGACAGAUUUCAGCAACUAAUAACUCCCCACGAAAGUCUCCUAGUCGAAGCCCUGAUGAGAUGCCGAUUAUAGGCAGUGUCGGGACAUACUGGAACGACUCGAGUUCGAAAAAGCAUUCUGACUCAUCAUCUUUUAAGGGAAUACCGAACACGACCAGCAAGUACAGAGAGGAUAAGAGAGUUAAUUGGCACUCUACACCUUUUGAGACGAGACUGGAUAGAGCUCUUUUGAGUCGAGGUGCACCCUAG